AUUAAAACAAACGCUGGGCCGAGUCUGUGACGUAGCUACCUUACCUAGUUCCUCAUUCUUUGGUUGUGGGAGCAGUUUCCAGUAAAUGAGAUUGGUGAGCGUCAUACGAGGAAAUAAUACAGCCUCGGAUUGUUUUUACUGUUUUUUAUUUUAUAUAGUGUGUUCAGUAGGUGACCGGCAGCAUCUGAGCUUUUUUCUAAAACUUAUUUUUUCACUUUCCCAGAACUUGUUUUUGCGGACCGUACUACAUUAAGUUAUCAAACAACAACAGUGGGAUCAAUUUAUGCGCAGGAAACGCGUAAGAUACAGAAAGGAAGCAAUAAAAUUAAAAGAAAACUGAAGUGCAGACAAUACUGAGGUUUGAUGCACACCGGUAACCUUUAAUACAUGUUGUUAUCGUGAUAGGCUUUCGCAAGGAUGAGAAAGUUCGUGUAGUAUGACAUUUUGAUUCUAUUUACAUUGCAUAUAUAUAUAUAUAUUUUUACUGUUGAUCUAAUAUACGUGGUUUUGUUACACAAAUGGCUGUGUCGUGUUGCAGCUCAACUAUCGACUUUGACAGCAUUCCUUUGACAGCGCUGAAUUUCACUGUUAGAAAGAAGCUCGCUCUUUAUUUAAACCCAAAGCAUGUGUCCGCAGCGGACUGGACUGCCCUGGCAGAGGCAAUGGGAUUCGAAUACCUGGAAAUCAAAAACUACGAACAGUACCCGAAUCCCACAAAAAUAAUACUGGAGAACUGGCAAGGAACAAGCACGCAGGCCACCGUGGGGAAGUUGCUGGAGAUGCUCACAGCAGUGGAACGAGUCGAUGUUAUCACUGACCUGCAAGGGCUUAUUGAGGAAGACUGCAGGAAGUAUCUCAAGAAGAAGCAGCUUCAAGAACAGCCUGUGCAGGUCCCUGAGGUGGACAGCUGUGUGCCAAAGACCCUGGAAAUGAACGGCAUCACUAUCGAUGAUGACCCCUCGGGUCACAUGCCUGAGCUGUUUGAUGCUUUCAUCUGCUACUGCCACAGGGAUAUCGACUUCGUCCACGAGAUGAUCAGACAGCUGGAGCAGACAGAGUGCAAGCUCAAGCUCUGUGUGUUCGACAGAGACGUGCUCCCUGGGACCUGCGUGUGGAGCAUCACCAGCGAACUCAUAGAAAAGAGGUGUAAGCGGAUGGUGGUGAUCAUUUCAGACGAUUACCUUGACAGUGACGCAUGUGAUUUCCAGACCAAAUUUGCCCUGAGCCUCUGCCCAGGUGCCCGCUCAAAACGCCUGAUCCCAGUCAAGUACAAGCCCAUGAAAAAGAAGUUCCCCAGCAUCCUGCGGUUCCUGACGCUCUGCGACUACACCAACCCCUGCACCACGUCCUGGUUCUGGGGCCGGCUGGCCAAGGCGCUCUCUCUCCCAUAGAUACCGGGCUGCUGCCUGUGCAUUCGGAGCAGCAUAGCCAUGGACAUGAAGGGAAAGCCAGCCUUUUGUCUGCUUGCGUAUUGGCAGACUGUGCUUACAACUCUGCUUCGAUACAGGGCUUGCACUGUAGAUGAAGUUUACUUUUGCUGGAGUUUGGUCUAAAAUGCAUGAGGAUAUUUCCAAGUUAAAAAACGUCUGAACUCUCCGUCAUACAUACUUUUGGAGUGUCUAAAGUGUAUUCUUUACCAGGGAGUUUUCAUGUAUUGCACUCACACAGCAGCUUGUAAAAGUAACACCUUUAAAAAAAAAAAAAAAAAGUAUUAUAUUUACUUCUGCUUUGGAGAAAAAAAAUAAUCCUUCAAACAAUAUUCUAUUUGUUGUAUACAUUAAACUGGAACAUUUAUUGUAAUUAAUUAAAAUGAAUGAAUCUUUCCCGGCACAGCCACCUUUACCAAGAGGGAGUGCACCUCUCCUACCCCCAGGGUCCUAAAGCCUCCAGAUUCAUCUAUCUAUAUAUAUACACACACACACACACACACACAGGCUAAUUUCACUAUAACGAACCCCCAUGGGACCUGGAGAAAUGUUUGUUAUAUUGGUGUGUUCACUAUAAUAGGGUUUGGCAUUUUUCUGUAGAAUAAUGAUUAAACGGCAAAUUUGAAUUGAACAUCACUAUAUAGUACUUUUAUGAAGAUUCCUUCACAAUGAUCAACAUUUAAAUGGUUUUGUGACAAGGUACUCGUGUCACGUGUGGGUAACCGCAUUGCAAGAGAGACAUGGGAUUUGGAGUUGAAACGCCAGCACAGGCGCAGGAUUUAUUAAGCACAAAAAUAGAAAGUAAACAAACGGGUCAUGUGACGCUACCAACGAUGGUAACGCACAGAGGACACAUACAAGACAGGCAGGCAGCAAGUCUCAAUCGAGCGCCUGUAAACAAUCAUUUGAUCAAACAGAACAACUCCAAAAACCACACAAAACAAACCCGUUUCCACAUAUAAAUUACACCAACAUUUAUUUCCCCCUGUGCAGGGCAAUCACCCUGCUACAGGUAUGUUUAAAAGAAAACAGUAAAGAAAUGACAAAGGAAAGAGUGUACAGUUACAUGCUGAAUACAGUAAUUACAUGUCCUAUUGAAAAAACUAUCCCAUUGCUCCUCACGCCCGUUGUCUGGUUGCAGUUUGUGUGAAGAUGACAGACAGGCAACGAUUGCAUUCGUCAUGCAUGAUUCGUACUACAAUAGAUCAUCUUUGAAUUAGCGUUAUGUUUGAAUUAGUCAACCAUGGUCUUUGUUUUCACUGAGAGAAUAGAGCUGUAAGCCCUAAGCGAGAGGAGAUUGUUUCAGUUCUAUUACAUUUUUAAGCAGGUUUUUUAAAACAGUAUUUUUUUUACAACUGCAGUGUUUCUUAUAUAAAAAUGAAUGUACAGUAUAAACUCUUUGAUUUGAAUAACCAAUAAAUACAUGUUUAAAAAUGAAA